ACACUAUUAGCCAGUGGCCGUAUAUACACACGUGGAGAGGGAGCUAUGUCUGACGGUGCUGACCGCGUUACCUCGACGAUUCCGAAGGAACUGCAGCAAACAGUACUCUUUAGGAGCGAGCUGAUGCCGGCAGAUUCCGUGGAAGUGAAAGGACACGAUUUCAGCGAGGUCUGGAAGGAAGGAAAGCCAGUUGAUUACCAUGCACUUCUCGGUUCCUAUCGAACCUCUGGCUUCCAGGCCACCAACUUUGGGCUGGCCGUGGAGCAGAUAAAUCUAAUGCUGAAGGCUCGGGGAGACACGAUCCCGGACGAGAAAAAGAAACCGUACCUUCACGAACCAGGAGAUCGACCCGUCACAAACUGCACGAUCUUUCUUGGCUACACCUCUAACCUCAUCUCCUCUGGCAUCAGAGAUACACUCCGAUACCUCGUCCAGCACAACAUGGUAGAUGUAGUUGUGUCCACUGCUGGUGGCGUUGAGGAGGAUUUCAUCAAAUGUCUGGCUCCGACCUUCCUCGGAGAUUUCAAUCUUCCGGGGAGGGAGUUGAGGUUGAAGGGAAUCAAUCGCAUCGGAAAUCUCCUGGUACCCAAUAACAACUACGUAAAGUUCGAGGAGUGGAUUAUGCCGAUUUUUGAUCAAAUGUUGGAAGAACAGAAGACAAAGGGUGUUGUGUGGACGCCAUCCAAGAUGAUUGCAAGGCUGGGCAAAGAAAUCGACAACCCUGACUCUGUGUAUUACUGGGCCUACAAGAACAAUAUCCCCGUGUUUUGCCCGGCCCUCACAGACGGUUCUAUGGGAGACAUGAUAUACAUCCAUUCUUACAAGAACCCUGGUCUUGUUAUCGACAUAGUUCAGGACAUUAGAAGGAUCAACAGCAUGGCUGUAAAGGCGGCUAAUACAGGGAUGAUCAUCCUCGGAGGUGGUUUGGUCAAGCACCAUAUCUGUAAUGCAAACCUCAUGCGGAACGGUGCCGACUACUCAGUGUUUGUCAACACGGCCCAGGAGUUUGAUGGAAGUGACGCUGGAGCCCGUCCAGACGAGGCCGUGUCGUGGGGGAAAAUUAGAUCCACAGCCAGACCUGUAAAGGUUUAUGGCGAGGCGACGUUACUAUUCCCUCUCCUGGUGGCCCAGACAUUUGCACGGGAAUAUAGACAACCACCAGCAUUUGCAGACACAUGCAAAACCAUGCCACAUAAAUGACACACCUGCUAAUAAUGCUCCUUAUCAUUAAAUUUUUUUGUUAUGUUUAUAACGAGGUGUCUCGGGGCAUUAUACUUGCAGACUCAGACUUGACCACAUGAAAUCAUAAUUAAUAAACUGUUUAAUUAAACCUCUGAUUCAAAUGUUUAGCCACAUGUAGACUGAGUGACGUUAACUCUGUGAUUGUGAUGGUGCGCAAAAAUACAUAAUAAUUACAAUAAUUGUAGAAACAUACAAAAAAACACAAGCACAUAGAACCAACUUUAUGUGAUAUAAAACCUUUAAACACACACUCAACAACACAACAAAUACACAGAACAGACCCUGUGAUACUUGUAGAGUGAAGGUUGUUGUACUGCUCUCUCUCUCCCCCGUAACAAAAACUCCUCCGAGCUAUAUACAUACAUCUGUUCAUGGUAGAUCAGUGAUGAUUUAAGUCGGUGGCAAAUUUAUUUCGUACAAAAAAGACAGACAUCAACAAACACACACACAUAGUCAUUCUACUGCUUAGAAACCUGACAUAUCAUAACCUUCCCAUCCGACCACGCAGUGGUAAGUAUUAGGUCUCUGAACGGGUUUCGAUAAUAACUACCACUGGGGACCAGAGAGUCACGUGAUAGAUUGAGAGCCAUGUGCAGACACCUCUUCCCGGCCAUCUCUGGGAAAUGAAGCUCCGAGGCGAGGGUGAAAUUUGGCAGGUUCAAGAUCUUGAUGGUGCGAUUGGAGAGGCCUACUGCCAGAAACAUGUUUCCCGUGUGUGCGUGAUAAAAAACAGACGUAACUAUUUCCCCUAAGUCUCCCUCUAUCCGUGUGGGUCUGAGCGGGACGCCGUAUUGCCAAAGAGUCACCGUGUCUUCAAACUUCCCUGCAGUCCCUAUAUCUGUGACUGACAUUUGACCUACAUCUUUCGUGAGCUGAUUCAUGCUAGGCCGACCACUUUCCUUGAGCCCGCCAUCUGAUCGCAGACUGGGCUGUUCUAGAGAUUGGGAGGAGGUCGUACUGUUUGUCUGGACGGCGACACCGUUGUUCGCUUCCUCACUGUCUUUUUGUACGGAAGAUCCUCUUCCAAUGGUGAUUAUAGCAGUACUGUCCUGUACGUGUAUGCUGCUCAGCGACACUGAGUGCACGUGCUGCUCGCUGUUGAUUGAAGGCUGCUGUGUGCGCAUACUCCACACGAUGAGUUUGCCCUCCUGACUGCCCGACACCAACAUACCUCCCCACACCUGCAGGGCCACAACAGUGUGUGGGUAGUGUGGACGAGUGCAGGAGAGCAUUGAGUAGGUUUUCUGGGGUGGCUGAGCAAUGAACCACGAGAUGGCGCCUGUCUGCGUGCCCACCACCACCACCUGCGCCUGGCUGACGGAGGUACUGAAGUGGACGAGUGAUGUAAUUGCUUCUGGGGACUGUGUGCGUGUGUG